AUGUCGACCGGCGGUACAGGUGGAAACCCGAUUCGGGGACUAAACUACGGAGCCACAGCGGCCCAGCAGAAUAUCGAUCUGUCGGACGACCCGGACCCUAAGGGUACAGCAGCCGGAUACGUCCACGAUCAAAACCAAGGCAAAUCCCUUUUCGGCACCCUCAAGGACGCCCUUAAACCAGGCGACACCAAGAAGCAGCAGCACCAAGGCUCAGGUUUCAAUGACGAUUUCACACACGACGGGCGGCACGGCGGCAUCGAGGAGACCAUGAUUCCGGGGCACCGGGACUACGACGAAUCGCAGGAGACCCCGCAGACCCACCGCGACGGCGUCCGGACCGAUGGCGGUAACGUGCUCGAGGCCGUGAUGCCGGGGUAUAAGGACCACAGUAACAAGGAUCGAGGUGGUAUCUUCAGUGCUAUGAAGUCCGCUGCAGACAACACGCCCGAUAUUCCGGGAGCAUUGAAGAAGGCUGUGGGAGGUGGGGACCCUGGAAGUGUUGGACAGAAGAAUAGCGGAGGCAUGACGGGGAAGACGGAUAAAAACUCCAAGUUUGACAAGUUCCCUGCUACCGGGAAUUAUUUUGGUCCAGAGCCAGGCUCAGACCCGGCGACUGGGACCUCGGCAUUCGAUACUGAAGGUUCCAUUGGACAUCAGUUCUCGUCCGAGGGUGCGAUCGGUGGUACAGCAAAUAAGAUCGGUGGUCCAUUCUCGAAAGAAGGUCUAGUUGGGCGCCAGUUCACCGAUAAGGGGUCCGUUGGCGGGACUGUCCAGGAUACGAUCGGUCGUGGAAACGAGACAAGAAAAGGGGUGUAA